UCUGUUUAAAUACAUUUAUUUAUUAAAUACAUUUUUUAAAUUCUUCAAAAUAAAGUAUAAAUAUAGAAUACAAAAUCAUAUAAUGGAUAGUUUGAUGCCUUAUUCGUAUAAUUAUCACACUAAGCGUAGAAAAAUAAACACUGCCGUAUCUCAACUGCUAUCACAAGUUCAACAUGAAUUUGAAAAUCAAAAUGACUUAAGAUCAAAUGAUCACCAAUAUAGCUGCACUUUAUCAGAUAGUAUUAGUAACACAUAUGCAACUAUUACAAGUGCAAAUUUUACUAGUCAUCAAAAUAAUUUUAUUCAUGAAUUUGCAACAUUUAAUAAAAGCAUGAAUCAUCCAUCCGACGUAAAGACUUAGUUCCAUGUAAAUGCAAUAAGCACAGUAAAUAAUUGUUAUUCAGACAAAAAUGCUUGUAUGUCAGGUAUAGCUGAUGAUGAUAACAGUGAUAAUGGUUUAACUAUUUUUUCUGAAAGUAAUGACCCCAAUUUAACUAGUUUCAAUGAAAAUUUAGCAAAUUGGGCAAUUUCUUUUAAUAUUUCUCAAAAUGCAACUACACAUUUACUGCAGAUUUUGAAACCAACUGUUCCAAGUGUACCAAAAGAUGCUAGGACUCUUCAUCAUACUCAAAGAAAAAUUGAUAUAAAAAAUGUUGCAGGAGGAGAGUACUUUUAUUUCGGUAUUAAAUAUUGGUUAUCUAAGUUUUUAACAAUGGUUUCUCCAAAUCCAGAAUUAAAGGAACUUAAGUUGCAUGUUAACAUUGAUGGCAUACCAAUUUUUAAAAGUUCUAGUUCAUGUAUUUGGCCUAUUCUUGGCAGUUUUAAGGAAAUUUCAGAUAAUGUUUUCCCAAUUGCCAUAUUUUGCAGUAGCAGUAAGCCUAAUCCACUAACUGCUUAUUUGAAAGACUUUAUUGCAGAAUUGAAAUUUCUAGAAAAGUCGCCAUUUGAAGACAAUAAUGGUCGUAAAUAUAUCAUCAAACUAGAUGCAGUAAUUUGUGAUGUCCCUGCAAGAGCAUUUUUAAAGUGUAUUAAAUCUCAUACUGCAUAUCAUAGCUGUGAGCGAUGUAUUCAAAAAGGUGAAUGGUAUGGAAAAAUUAUUCUUCCUAACCUAUCAGCUCCACUUAGAACUGAUGAAGGUUUUCGCAUGCAAGCAGAUAAGAAGCAUCACAUUGAUAACACUAUCUCUCCAUUUUUAGAAUUAUCAUUUGGAAUGGUUUCAUCUUUUCCACUCGAUUAUAUGCAUUUGGUAUGCUUAGGAGUAGUUAAAAGAAUGAUUAAUCAAUGGGUGCAUGGAAGUAAAAAGAAACAAUGUUUAUCCAAAACAUCGUUAACUACAUUAUCUGAAAAACUUGUUUUAUUUAAACAGCAUGUACCAAAAGAAUUUUCACGCAAACCUCGCUCAAUAUUGGAAUUUAAACGCUGGAAAGCUACUGAAUUACGCCAGUUUUUAUUAUAUACUGGUCCAGUAGUUUUGAAAGAUGAUGUUAAUCAUUACGGUGCUCUGGAUAAAGUCUCUUCUUUUCCAUAUGAAAGUUAUCUUGGAAGAUUGAAAAAGCUUGUGCGGCGACCUCAGUUCUUGUGCUUUCAAAUUGUGAGAAGUAUUUUUGAAGAACAUUUGAAUCCAACUAAUCAAGUUUGUAAUGAAAAUAAAAGUGUUUUUAAAAAGCUUCACACUGAAGGUCCAGUUCCCUUAUCAUAUCGUCACUGUUUACAAUUUAAGAAAUAUAAUAGUGCUAAGUUUUUUGCUUCAAUUAAUGAUUGUUUUAAAGUAAACAGGAAAGUUGGUGUUAUAAGAAAUUUUUUACAAGUUCCAAAUAGCGAGUGCAAUGAAGCUUAUAUUGUUUUUCAAAAGUAUGAACUUUUACAACCGUUUUUUACAGAUCCAAUGAACUCUGACUUACUUUCAAUUUUUUUUGCAGAGAAGUUAUCCUGUUUUAAUUCAAUUUUUCCAAUUGCAGAUUUAGAUUGUAAAUAUGUACAGUUACCAUUUAAAAAUGGAUUUGUAAUUAUUCCUCAAAUGCAUCUUUACUAACUUUAAUAAAAUUUUAU